AUGGAGAGCUCCUCGCCGACGAGAGAUGAGGAUUGCUUCAAAUAUUUGGUAGCAGAGGAACAACCGGCAGACACUUUCGUCGGCAAUCUUUUGCUGGACGGCGGCUUUGAUUUGAAAUAUUCCUCUGAGGACCUCUCUCACUUGAGGUUCCGUAUUCUGACUCCAAACGAAAGUUCUGAAGGUCCAUUUUUUAAGAUUGGAGGAUUGGAUGGGCGGAUAGUAACGGCGAAAAUCUUGGAUCGAGAGAUGAUUUGCUCGUCAAGGCUCAAUGAUAACUGCGUAUUUGAAAUGGAUGUCAUUAUCAUUUUAAAUGCAAGCAGAUACUUCCAGCUGCUGAAAACCUGCAUCGAGAUCGAAGAUGUAAACGACCAUGCUCCUACCUUUCCAACACAAACUUUCCUUCAAAGAAUGUCUGAAUCCUCGCAAACUGGCUUCAGCUUCCUCAUUCCGACCGCCAAAGAUCCAGAUUCAAAAUUAUACUCUAUACAAAACUACAGGCUGUUCCCAAAAAACGAAAAUGAAAAUGAAAGUAAGAGGUCGACGACAUUUGAAUUGACACGCAAAAUGUCAUGGAACGAGGGAGGCAUGGAGGAGGUGAGGUUGGUUCUGAAAGAUCUUCUCGAUAGAGAACAACAAGAAUUUUAUCGUUUUAUCGUGCUAGCGAUCGAUGGUGGAAAUCCGAAGAGAUCUGGUUGUCUAACUGUUGAAGUGAUUGUCCUGGAUGCAAAUGACAACAAACCAAAAUUUGAGCAAUCUUCGUUUGAGAUAUUUCUCUCCGAGGAUGCAGCGCCUGGUUCGAUGCUUUUACAGUUGAAGGCUCACGAUGAAGAUGCGGGGUUGAAUGGUGAAGUCAGAUACGAACUUGCCUACAACUCUCAACAAGAGUUUGGAAAGUUGUUCAGCGUGACUCCUGACUCAGGACAGGUCUUCUUAAAAAGUUGCGUUGAUUACGAAGGUGAACGUAGACACAUGGUGUUGUCUGUUGUAGCACAGGAUAGGGGACACAAUCCCCAACAAUCGUUUGCUACCAUUUUUAUACAUGUGAAAGACAUUAAUGAUAACAAACCAAAUAUUUCUGUCAGCACUUUAAAUGGCCGAAAGAAAGCAAAGAUGGUUGAAAAUCUAGAGGUAGUUUGUUGA